UGACGGCUGUCAAUGUAAACGCCAUUGUCGUUUGACGGUUAUUUCCCAGGCGGAAUUGGAAGUUGGUUUAUUUGUUUGGAAUGGAUUUCGUGCUCUUUGGACAGUUUUCAUUGGAAUUAGUAGUGCUUUCUUGAUGAAAAUGGAAUACGUCUACACAAAUUUACUGAGCACUGAGGACAUGCGGCGCAUACUAAAGCAGCGUCAGUUGAGAAUUCCAAACAUAGACCAACUCGACCGUGAUGAGCUCCUCAAAAUCUUCAAUUGUUUCGCUGUUCCAAUGGAUCAGCGUAGCGAGAGAAAACAAAAAAUGAGCGUGCAAAAAGAAACACAGCAGCUAAUUUCAACACUCAAGAGGGUACUACCACCUCCAGUCAAUGAAUGUGCCGCCAAAUUGUCCAGAGUAACAUUAAACAUAAACCUUAGUGACACUGCACUAACGAAGAGGAAAAUCGAAGCGAUAGUGAAUGGGAACUGCACCGGCCAGCCCGUUAGUAAAAGGAUGAAAAUUACGUGGCCGUAGGAUAGUUUUUAGAGCAGAGUAAUUGCACUGCUUUAUAGAUGUAAGUUUUAUUGUAGGUUGAAUAGCACGAAUUGUACAUAUUCUGAGAUGAUUUGCUGUGCGUAAUUUUAAGGAUUGUAAACAAAGUAAUGAAAGCUUGUAUUAAUUGAUGAAGCGGAGUUUGUAACUUUUCAUUCAAAACUUUAUCAGUGAUAAUUUUGAAGCGUCUUAUUUUAUAAAUAUGUCAUGUUGGAAAAAAAUCAUUUAUUUAAGGUUCGACCUAGCCUAGUAUUGUAAAAAACUGUGGGCAAUCAUCUCACGUUUUAUAAAUAAAUGUAAACAAACAGUAUCAAACGAUAUGUAAUAGUUCUUUCACAGCUUCUGAAAAGUAAACGCGAAA